GUGUGUGUGUGUGUGUGUGUGUGUGUAUGUGCAGGGCCCCACGUGGAGAGAGAGGUGAAAACAGAAAUACAAGGCAAGGAAAACGUAUGUGUGGCAACUCAAUGGAGAGAAGAGAGAGAGGGAGAGAGAGAGAGAGGGAGGGGAGGGAAGGAGGCAGAGAGGGUAGCCUGGUAGUGUCAGUGGCGAGUAUAACGUAGGAGGGACUGGAGUGUUGCCGCCCUCUCCCUCCCGUCCACCCUCGAGUGCAGCUCCCACGAAACCUUCCAAGUGGUGAACAAACGUUUUUUCACCCUGUGCACUCCCCCCGGGGCUCACACAUGCUCCUCCCUCCCCCAGGCCUACGCGAUCCUGCCUGUCGAAGUGAGAGUGAAAUCCCUUGAACCCAAUCUGCUUUUAACGAUGAGAGGGAAUGAGAGAGAAGCGUUCCUAGCGAGUGCCGAGUGAGAUGGACGGUGAGGGAGAGGAGAGAGGGAGUGAGAGGUGGUGCAGGGAGGGCUGUGAGUGGAAGAGGAGGAGGAGGAGGAGGAAGGAUAGAAAGCGGGAAGGCAGAAAUCGAGGAAACGAGAGAGCGAGGACAUAGCAAAUUACAACCAGAUCAAUUAUUUAACCUCACCAUCCCUGUCCCUUGGCCCAGAUCACUGCCAUGACCUCCUUACAGGGUGCCAGGGGGCGUGACACUCUCCCAGGAGGCACUGUGGGGUCAAGAGGGCCGGCACAAGACCUUCAGAGGGAGAACACAAACAAACAAGAUAGACAAGGCGAAUUUGACACAGGGAAAAGGGAAAGUGUGUAUGUGGUAUUCGUCUACACGUUGGCACUGGUACUGACACUCUCGUCUCUACUGGCCUGGGUGCCUAGAGGGUCAUGCAGCCCCCUCCCCGACAGUAGAAGAGUAGAAAGGGAGAAGAGGGAUUUGAUUAGCGAUAAAGUGCAACGUUACUUGAUGCAGUACGGCUAUUUGCCCGCCUCGGAUAUGGAGACGGGCAACCUACGGACGGAGGAUCAGCUGAGGGAGGCGAUCAGAACCAUGCAGAGGUUCGGCCAUAUCCCAAUCACGGGUCGGCUGGACAAGGCCACGAGGGCGCUGAUGAAGGCCCCGCGGUGCUCCUUACCUGACGUACAGCCCUCAGACGGGGACCACCACCGCAUCAGGAGGUUCGUCAAGCAAGGGAAGAAGUGGGACCGAUUCAACUUGACGUGGGGGGUUCGGAAUUACCCAACCAAGAUACGUGACCGGACCGGUAACCCCGAGGACCUGUCCAGAUGGGAGGUGCAGCGAGAGUUCCGGUUGGCCACGGAGGUGUGGGACCGAGUGUCCCGCCUCCACUUCAAGGAGCUGGAACACAACCCCGACGAGGCGGACAUCAGGAUAGACUUCAAAACCGGGUAUCACGGAGACGGCUACCCCUUCGAUGGCGCCGGCCGCACCCUCGCCCACGCCUUCUACCCUGGCCGAGGCAUUGGCGGGGAUAUGCACUUUGAUGACGAGGAGCCGUGGGUGCAACACAAGGACACAGACCAUACCUGGGCGCGGGUGAGUCUGUUCAUCACGGCGGCACAUGAGUUGGGUCACGCGCUGGGGCUCUACCAUUCGGAUGUGGAGGGUGCGUUGAUGAGCCCCUACCUUAUCAAAUUCCCCAGCACUUUCCGCCUGCCUGAGGAUGACGUACGGGGGAUACAGGAGCUCUAUGGGGUGGACGAGAACUGGGAGCCUGAGCCGUACCCCUCUCCCAAGCCCCCCACCACCACCCCCCGCCCCGUCACGCCCAAACCCAUCGUGCCCACCACCCCCCAUCGGCCCCCCAAGAAGCCCUCGGACAGGCCGGACACGUGCAACACAGACUACGACGCGAUCUCGGUCAUCCGCCAGGAAAUAUACAUCUUCAAGGGGAAGUACUUCUGGCGGGUAGACGCGAGAGGGAACCUUCUACCGAACUACCCAGCAGAGAUCUCUCGGUUCUGGUCCAAGCUACCAACCAACAUCACCCACAUCGACGCAGUGUACGAGAGGCCACACGACGCCAACAUCGUGUUCUUCAUCGGCGACAAGUUCUAUGUGUGCCGAGGUAACCAGGAGCUGCUGAAGGUGGGCCGUCUCAAGAACCUGGGGCUGCCGAUGGACCUCAAGAAGAUAGACGCGGCCUUCGUGUGGGGGUACAACGGGCGGACGUACUUCUUCGCCAACACCAUGUACUGGAGGUUUGACGAGAGCAUCCAACACGUGGAGCUGGACUACCCGCGGGCCAUGGACAUGUGGCAAGGCGUGCCCUACAACAUCGACUCGGCCUUCAAGCAUAACGGCACGACGUACUUCUUCCAAGGCAAAGUUUUCUGGGAGUUCGAUGACUUCCGCAUGAAGGUCAAACCCAAGUCGCCGGCCCUGUCUGCCCCGUUCUGGCUCGGCUGCCCCAACACAGAGAACCCGUACUUCCUGGAAACGACCGUCACCCACACCACCAGCCCCGCCCCCGCCCCGCCCAGCCCCGCCACUACCGCCAUUGCCAUCCUUGUCCUGAUUAUGCUUCUUUUGCCAAGGUAGAAGGGGACGGUGAAGGGUCAUUGCCUGAGUGCGCAUUUCUGUAUCAUCGGCUGAAGACUAAAGUAACAUUGGGGUAUAUCCUGUAGUUCUUGCCUCAGUGCGUACAUUUGUCACAUUAACCCAAGUCGGUAGAAGAGGUGAAGUCUGUGGUAUAUGCUGUAGUUGUUGCCUCAGUGCGCAUUUCUGUUUCAUCGGCUGAAGACUGAAGUAACAUUGGGGUAUAUCUUGUAGUUCUUGCCUCAGUGCGUACAUUUGUCACAUUAACCCAAGUCUGUAGAAGAGGUGAAGUCUGUGGUAUAUGCUGUAGUUGUUGCCUCAGUGCGCAUUUCUGUAUCAUCGGCCGAAACUGAGGUAACAUCGGGGUAUAUCUUGUAGUUGUUGCUUCAGUGCUCACAUUUGUCACAUUAACCCAAGUCUGUGAGGUGAAGUCUGGGGUAUAUGCUAUAGCUACACAUGGCCUUAGUACACAUCUCUGUAUCAUCGGCCGAAACUGAGGUAACAUCAGGGUAUAUCCUGUAGUUGUUGCCCCAGUGCGCACGUUUGUCACAUUAACCCAAGUCUGUUGAAGAGUUGAUGUCUGGGGUAUAUGCUAUAGCUACACAUGGCCUUAGUGCUCAUCUCUGUAUCAUCGGCCGAAACUGAAGUAACAUUGGGGUAUAUCCUGUAGUUGUUGCCUCAAUGCGCACGUUUGUCACAUUAACCCAAGUCUGUAAGGUGAAGUCUGGGGUAUAUGCUAUAACUACACAUGGCCUUAGUGCUCAUCUCUGUAUCAUUGGCCAAAGAUUCAAGUAACAUUGGGGUAUAUCCUGUAGUUGUUGCCUCAGUGCUCACGUUUGUCACAUUAGCCCAAGUCUGUAGAGGAGUUGAUGUCUAGGGUAUAUGCUAUAGCUACACAUGGCCUUAGUGCUCAUCUCUGUAUCAUUGGGCAAAACUGAAGUAACAUUGGGGUAUAUUCUGUAGUUGUUGCCUCAGUGCGCACGUUUGUCACAUUAACCCAAGUCUGUGAGGUGACGUCUGGGAUAUAUGCUAUAACUACACAUGGCCUUAGUGCGCAUCUCUGUAUCAUUGGCCGAAGACUCAAGUAACAUUGGGGCAUAUCCUGUAGUUGUUGCCUCAGUGUGCACGUUUGUCACAUUAACCCAAGUCUGUAAGGUGAAGUCUGGGGUAUAUGCUAAAGCUACACAUGGCCUUAGUGCUCAUCUCUGUAUCCUUGACUUGUGGUGGGUACGGAAUCGCUAUCCAAAAUCCCGGGCGAGUGUGACAUCCCGGGGAUCAUAGCUUACAUUUUCCAGCUAUUCACAGGUACUGGGGUAUAUGCUAUUGCUACACAUCGCCUUAGUGCUCAUCUCUGUAUCCUUGAGCUGUGGUGGGUACGGAAUCGCUAUCCAUAUUCCCGGGUGAGUGUGACAUUCCCGGGGACCAUAGCUUACAUGUCCCAGGUGUUCACAAGUAUACCCAUUUAUCGAGCAGGCUAAUAUUAAUGUAAGGGUGGAGAGUUUGGCGGGCUCGGUGUCAUCUGCCAACGCCGGGAUUCUAACUGUGGUACAUGGAUUUGUCGCUAAGCUUUCUGCCACUAUACUGCCGAGGAAUUUUUUGUGAUUUUUUGUGAUUUUUUUUCUCUCAUUCACACUUGUUUACGUUUUGUCUUUCUUUUUUUUUUAACCACUUUCUUUGUUUUAAUUUCUGUGUUUUUUUCUUUUCUUUCUCGUUCACACCUAUAUGAACUUUUUUUUCUUUUUUUUUUACCAUAUUUUUCUUUCUGUUUUAAUUUCUGUUUUUUUUUCUUUUCUUUCUCGUUCACACCUAUAUGAACUUUUUUUUUCUUUUUUUUUUACCAUAUUUUUCUUUCUGUUUUAAUUUCUGUGUUUUUUCUUUUCUUUUUUAUUCCCACUUUUAUUGAUUUUUUUUAACCACU